AUGAUCCGGACUGAGUACCCCUUACACAACUCUGCGAUAUACGACUCAGGAUCAUCGCUACACGUGUUCAACAACCGGGCUCGAUUCUCAGGUUUCAGAGCAGCUGAACCAGGGGAUUACCUAUGGGCAGGAGCCUCACAAGUCCCAAUCCUAGGGUAUGGAAACGUGGAUAUAACGGCUGACGCUGAGCGGGGGAAGAAGGUAAGACUCCGCUUAUACAACGUCGCUUACUGCGAAGAAUUCGCAACGAAUCUAGUCUCCUACCGCCUUCUACGGCAACGAGGGAUGUGGUGGGAUAACCGCCCAGGCCAGAAUUGCGUACGAAGAGCGGAUGGGACACUCGUCUGCUACCUUCACGAUCUCCAUGGACAACAGGUUAUCGAGGACAAUACCAAAGCAGGAUUCGUCACGCAGGCGAAGCAGCGCCACACAUCGUUUACACCGCGCAAAAGACUCGCAGGAAGACCGUUCAGAUAG